GCUCCCGAUGAUGACGUGUCCUAUGACUUCCGGUGUGGUAUCUCGGGGGUGAAACUGCUAGACAACCGCCUUGACUCACACGAGUGAAAUACUCCUCAUUAUCCAACCAUGGUAACAGACGUGCAGCUGGCCAUAUUCGCCAACAUGCUGGGGGUGUCCCUGUUCCUGCUGGUGGUACUGUACCACUACGUGGCCGUUAACAAUCCCAAGAAACUCGACUGAUCCUCGUGAGGUUAAAGUUUGCGACAGGGGACCAUGGGCAACGUUGCCGAGCAGAGGACAGCGAAGGCCUUAUUAUUUUAUAGGCAAAUGUAAAUAAAUUUGUACAUGUUCCCA